ACCUAGAUGGAUUAUGUAAGGUUUGCAUGGUACAUUAUAUAAUUCUAGCUAUAUUGUGCCCUGUAGCAAACGAAAAAGCUGUCCUGCUCUAAGUCCAGCUCCAGAAGUGUGUUUGACGGAGAUGGACCGUGACAUGAGAGAAAGGCAUCUCCAGUUGCAUUCUAUAGAACAGGUGCUGAGUUGAGGAGAGAUGCCUUUUUCCAAUGGCAGAAAUUCAGCUACGGAUUCGAGCUUAGCCUAAAGUGCCAUCAUGGUGCAUACAUUUAAUUCUCUGAGUUUAAGUUAGGCCACACCAUUAUACUAUAUGCGUGUUGUUGAAAAAUAAAUCCUUCAAAUCCUUCAUCAGUUUGCUAAACUUAACUAUAUAUAGGUCUAUUACGUAACAUGGUUUUCUCUCCAAUGUUUUGCUUCAUUGACUCACACUGGACCAGAUGGAGGGUCGUUGCAGAAGAUGGUCCAGAUGAAUAACCAUUGUGGUCGUGUGUCACCAUGCUGUAAACUGGCACAGUGGCAAAGCCAGGAAGUAGCUCAUCACAUCAGCAUUGUCAUGGGAAUUAGGAAGAUUGAGCAAUGGUCGCCCGUGGCCGAGGUCAUGACCUCAUCGUCGUCUCGGUACGAGCCCACCUGGGAACUGGCUCUGGACCCCCUCAUGUCCUGCAAGCUGUGCCUUGCAGAGUUCCCUCUAGAGCAGAUGACCGCCAUCCACCAAUGCCAAUGUGUCUUCUGCACCCUGUGCCUGAAGCAGUAUGUGGAACUUCUUAUCAAAGAGGGCCUGGAGUCAGCCAUUAGCUGUCCAGACUCUGCCUGUCCUGAAAGUGGGCACCUGCAGGAGAACGAGAUUGAGUGCAUGGUGGCAGCAGAGAGCAUGCAGAGGUACAAGAGGCUCAAGUUUGAGAGAGAGGUGCUGCUGGACCCGUGCCGGACCUGGUGCCCGUCCUCGUCCUGCCAGGCAGUGUGCCAGCUCUCGGAGGCGGGGCUACCUCUGCCCCAGCUGGUCCAGUGCCCCGCCUGCAGCCUGGAGUUCUGCCGCGCCUGCCGGGCCAUCUGGCACAGGGGCCAGGCCUGCCAGGAGAACAUGCCCAUCACCAGCUUCCUGCCAGGGGACACCAGCUCCAUCUACAAGAGCGAGGAGGGGGAUGACGCCCCCAUCAAGCGCUGUCCCAAGUGUAAGGUGUACAUCGAGAGAGACGAGGGCUGCGCCCAGAUGAUGUGUAAGAACUGCAAGCACGCCUUCUGCUGGUACUGCCUGGAGUCUCUGGAUGAUGACUUCCUGCUCAUCCAUUAUGACAAAGGCCCAUGCAGGAACAAGCUGGGCCACUCCAGAGCCUCUGUCAUCUGGCACCGGGCGCAGGUGGUGGGUAUAUUUGCCGGCUUCGGUCUGCUCCUGUUGGUGGCCUCUCCCUUUCUCCUCCUGGCCACACCCUUUGUCCUGUGCUGCAAGUGCAAAUGCAGCAAGGGAGACGACGACCCUCUGCCCACCUAACCUUCACCAUCGCCCCGGCAACAGUCGGCAAGGUCCGGUUGUGGACAGUGGACCAGGUCAGCUGGUCCCCCAUGGGUUGUGGGGUCAGGCAGACAGGUCUGUGGGACCGCAGCCAGGGUUGAGCAGUGCUGUUUACAGGGACUGGACUGACCACGGCUGGUCUGACCCGGACUAUGAACUGGAUGGUGGGUUUAGGUCCAGCCGUCUGUCCCAGACUGAGAGGGCACUGCAAAUGCCUGUUGUGUUGAGGAGCUGGACUGAAGGAGGAGGCCAGCAGGCCUGUCUUCAUGUGGAGGUUCAAGAGUUGUUGUUGUGUGAUUUGGUCUUGUACAGAUGUCUCAACGCUAACUCGUCUGACUGCAUCUAGAACGUGCUUCUAUUUAUUAACAGCUACAGCCGACCAGCUGAGGUCUGUUGAAGAGUCAGGUACAUAUGAUCAGGUCACUUGGAGAACAGUAUUUAUGAGCUUACAGAACACCUCACUGAGGCUCAGUGCAGAGAAACCUCCUGGAAAUCUUCCAUUUAAAUUUAAAUGAGGAUUCAAAUCCCUGGAUUUAUUUGUAAAUUCAGUCAAAUUAAAAUGUUUACUGAAAGGUCUUCAUAUUAAAUGAUGCUGUGUAGUCAACUCUAUACGUAGUGGUAAAGGACAUACUGUACUGAACAGUAGCUAUAAUUUAUAUCUAAAACUACUCACAAAAAUCAUUUUGGUCAUUUAAGAAUCAGUCUUUGAAUUGUUACCUUAAUGCUGACAUUUAGCUAGCCUGGCAUCUCCAGACUAAUCUACAAAGGCGUAUUAGUCUGGAACUUCUCAGUUCAUUUUCAAGGGGCGAUCUGCCCCCCGUCAACCAGCCCCAUAUCAGAUCAACGUGUGAUUGGCCCAGACAGAUUCUGGUCAAAGGGAAAUCUGUUUGAGUGGGAGGGUGACCACACCCAUCUACCAGAGCAAAUAAAACAUGAGCUUGCAGAUGUGUCUGGUUCCCCAGCUAAGUUUCAGCAGUCAGGAUGUAGCAAACUCUAGCACCUACCUAACAGCCUCAAGUUCAGUCUGUCCUCUGGUUUCCUGAAUCCCUUUACCCACACUGAGUUUAGCAUAUCCUCACCUUUAAAUAUCGCUUUUGAUUUGAAACAGCCAAGUUGCCAUAAAAUGCCUUUUUUAAAUCAACUUUGAUAUGAGUCUUGCACUCAUGUUUUAGUUUUGACCAAAAUGAUGUUAUUUGAUGUACUGCAAUUACAAAUCUAAACGCAUAGUGUUGCACUCAGUGUGACAUCACAAGUUCAAAGACGGUGUAUGGUAGCAUUCUAUUUUCUCACUGUAGGUUUUUACAAUGCAUUUCAGUCUUCGCUAUUGUUUUCUAUUUUGGUAUUUAUUUACUUACCAAUAUAAACAGUAGCUUUAUUUGGGUGAAGUUCUGUCACCAUGGCAAUGGUAUACAGACAUUGGAGGGGGGGGGGGGGGGGAGUACUAGCAUUACAGUAAUUACAGGCAUUACAGUAAUUGUUGUACGUUUAUUUGAAGCCAAAUGUAGCCAAAAUGAACCUUUUAGGAAAAAACAUGUCAUGUAUUAGUUGAUUAGUUUUUUUUAUAUAUUUCUAUUGCACUCAUGAAAUAAUUGUAUUCAAACUGUAAGAACAUAUAUGCUAUUGUAGCGUUUGUAGUUUGGUUCCUAUUCAGAUGUUUACAUAUUGUACUUGUGUUUGUAAAUCCACAUAUAUUGUGAAUAAAGAAGCACAUUUUGGUUGUUCUUGUUA